GUUUGGGGAGAAUUUUUUAGUUUUCUGGAGAGGUUUUCAAUCCAAUUCUUGAGAGAGAAAAUGGCAGUUCCAUUUUAGAUUUCUUAAACGAAUCCCAUUCUUGGAGGCUCCGUUCUGUCGAAGAAGAAGCAAGAUUCAAUAGAGCAGGAAGAAGAAGCAGUUGCAGCAAACUCAUACGAAGAACAACAGUAGGUUCCGGCCAGAGCUCUUUCAAUUUCAGUCUAUUUGUUUCUCAUUUUCAGUCUACUUCGUCUGUAUUUGCCAUUCAGGAAAGGUGACUCUGAUUCAUACACGAGUUCCCGGUGGUUAGGCGAAUGGUCACGGCGAUUGCGAUCUGGAAGAAAAAGAAGAUCCAGACGAUGUCGAUCCGGUAUCGCCAUUUGGGAAACAAUGUCGAUCCCUUCUACUUGAGAUCGGGAUCUGUUCGAAUCGACCGAAUGAGUCACAAAAGAGGAUGGAGACGGAACCCCUGCGAGAUGAACGGAAUGACGAAGUAUCGUCUUCGUGCAGUCUUCAGUUGCAGGUGCAGGGUCGCCGGAGACAGGUUUCCAUUUGGUCGUCGGAAAAUGCCAUCUCCUAGAGCUUGUGAUCUCGUCAUAUUAUCAGCGAAAGUGUUGUCGAGGAUAGAUGGUGUUAGAAUUUGUAUCUCCCAAAUCCUACCAGUUGAAUCUUUUUAG